AUGGGAAUAAUAUGUGUGUCUGGAUCCUCACAAAACGAGAUAUCAGGAAUCGUCAGUAUAUCAGUAAAUGGACUUCGUUCCAGUUCAGAUUUCAUAUUCUUUUACCGAAUUCCAGUUGUGACGGGCAUUGUACCAAAUUAUGGACCGAAAGCAGGUGGGACUCGCAUUACUCUAUUUGGCGAGAAUAUUGGAAUUGGAAACAGGAAUGUAAAUGUAAAGCUUGACAAUUUCCGAUGCUUAAGACCAGAAGUGAGACCCAAACUUUCAUUUGAAAAUAUAACACUAACAAACUUUACAAUUGUUUGCACGACUGCUGGUAUACAUUACAGUAUUUCAAUGGAUGUCUAUGUCGAGAUCGAUGGCAGAGAAAUUAAAACACCCUAUCCAUUUACAUUGGUUGACAAUCCGAUUAUACAACCAUUUUCCCCCAAAAUGGCAUUCUUAAGUGGAGGAACUAAAAUCAAAGUUGAAGGGGAAAAGUUAAACAACGCACACAAUGCUAGAUUUACAGUAAAUUACAUGCAAGACAUUGAGGUAAAUUCUUUAAAUAUUUUUAGUAACUUGUUUAGCUGUAGGGCCAAGUCGAAAAAAAUGCAGACAGUAGUGUCUUUGUGCUCAUUUCAUACAGUCCUUCAUGUGGUUUAGUAUCUACAAGAAUUUGAAGGUAGGACUCUGGUUGUUGCAUAUAUGACACAUUGUUUCACUAUUGUGGUUAUUUGUGCCAUGCAAUUUGAAAAUCUCUUUCACCAUUUAACAUUAUGGAAUGGAUACAAAAUAUGCCCUAUAAAAGACCAUGUUAAGCUUUUACCUAUAAGUGUGGCCUUGACCACCCACCGAGAUAAGGGUCCGGAUGUUGUGCAUGACACAUUGUCUUAUUAUUGUCAACAUUUGUGCCAAGUUAUUGAUAAAUGAACAGUUAUGUACCGAACAAAUCAAAUACAAUCGAACAAUUUGAUCUCCAAGUGUUACCUUGACCUUAAAGGAGUAGGUCUGGGUGUUGCACAUGACAUAUCGUCUUAUUAUUCUGAACAUUUGAGCCAAAUAAUUUCAAAAUCCCUUGAUCUAUUAAGGAGUUAGG